GCGGAGCGCUGAGCGGAGCCGAGCCCUCCCCGCCGCCCCGGGGCUGUCGCCGGGCCAUGGCCGCGGCGGGGACGGAGCUGCCCGGCGGCAACGCCAGCGCCAACCAGAGCGCCGCCGACCCCACGGUGUCGCGGGACGUGUGGAUGGUGGGCAUGGGCAUCCUGAUGUCGGUGAUCGUGCUGGCCAUCGUCUUCGGCAACGUGCUGGUGAUCACGGCCAUCGCCCGCUUCCAGCGCCUGCAGACUGUCACCAACUACUUCAUCACCUCGCUGGCCUGUGCUGACCUGGUCAUGGGGCUGGCCGUGGUGCCCUUCGGCGCCUGCCACAUCAUCAUGGAGAUGUGGAAGUUUGGGAACUUCUGGUGCGAGUUCUGGACCUCUUUGGACGUGCUGUGCGUCACGGCCAGCAUCGAGACCCUGUGCGUCAUCGCCGUGGACCGGUACUUCGCCAUCACGUCCCCGUUCAAGUACCAGAGCCUGCUGACCAAGGGCAAGGCGCGCGUGGUCAUCCUGGUGGUGUGGGUGGUGUCGGGCCUGACCUCCUUCCUGCCCAUCCAGAUGCACUGGUACCGGGCAGACCACGAGGACGCCAUCCGCUGCUACCAGAACGAGAUGUGCUGCGACUUCUUCACCAACCAAGCCUACGCCAUCGCCUCCUCCAUCAUCUCCUUCUACCUGCCCCUCGUCGUCAUGGUCUUCGUGUACGCCAGGGUCUUCCAGGUGGCCAAGAAGCAGCUGCAGAAGAUAGACAGGAGCGAGGGGAGGUUUCACACCCAGAACAAGGAGCAGGAGCAGAAAGGGGGAGCCGGGCACCGCCGCUCCUCCAAGUUCUUCUUGAAGGAGCACAAGGCCCUCAAAACCCUGGGCAUCAUCAUGGGCACCUUCACGCUGUGCUGGCUGCCCUUCUUCAUCGUCAACAUCGUGCACGUCAUCCAGGACAACAUCAUUCCCAAGUACCUGUACAUCCUCUUGAACUGGCUGGGCUACGUCAACUCUGCCUUCAACCCCCUGAUCUACUGCCGGAGCCCCGACUUCAGGUACGCCUUCCAGGAGCUGCUGUGCCUGCGCAGGUCCGCCCUCAAGAUGUACGCCAACGGCUACUCCAACAGCAACGGCAGGAGCGACUACAACGAGGAGGACAACGGCUACCCCCUGGCCCCGGAUAAAACCUGCGACUUGCUCUGCGAGGAGGGCUCCUUCCCUCGCCCCGAGGAUUUUUUGCACGGCAAAGAGAUCCCCGGAUGCCCAGGAAUGGUGGAGAGCUGAAGGAGCCACCCUGCGUUCCUCACCACCAGAGCUCGUGAGGGCUCUGCAGAGAUGGAGCGGGAGCACGGCCUCGCCUCCCCGAGCCGGGGGAUGCUGUGGGAAGCAGAGGUCCUCAGCCCAACCCAUCACCCACCACGCAGCACCUCCAGGAGAAGCUGGGCAAGGACAACCAAGGGACCAGGAGAGGCUCGGAGAGCCUUGGAGGACACCAGGAAGCCGCAGGAACUGGAGGAGGGGAUGUGCAAACCCUGACAAAGGUGCUGAGGGAUUUUUCCCCCCCAUGGAAAAGCCUUUCCCAAAGGGAGCACCAGGCCCAGGUGUGGUCUCCAGCUGGUUUGGAAGAGGCACAGGCAGGUCCCAGGGCCAGCUGAGGAGCCCAGCAGGACGUGCUGGUGGCCACGGGCUGGGUGGGGAUCCAGGUGAAGCAGGAAUUGGUGCAAGACCAAGAGAGGGGAGCAUGGAAGCUUCCUUCGAUUUAUUCUGUGCUUGUUUCUCCUUCUGGUGUCUUCUCUGUCUACCUCUUCUCCUCUAGAGAGCACGGGGGGCCCUGACUGUCACAAAGGAGCACAAGGAUUGGCACAGGACAGGAAUGGGGCCUUUGUUCUCUCCUUGCUCCAAAAAAAAUCUCCAACUGUCCUGCCUGGACCUCAGCCACUGGAAAGCCUGGGACCUGGCAAUCUUUCUCCUUGAGGAAAUCACAUUUUAGCAGGACCAGCCACCUUGGGAGCCAGGAUUUCCCACCUGAGGCUCAGAACAUGACAGAACAUCCAUCCCCCUCCUGCAGCUGUGGGAAGGAGCAUGCUCAGCUCCUGACUUUGGAUGGUGGGAAGCCAAUUAAGCAGAGAAAGAGAUGGAGUUACAGCCUCAGGCAGCAAACAGCAGGACAAACUGGCUGAAAACCAUAAAAAACAUGCUGGACUGGCAGGUGGUGGCCAAGAGGUCACUGAGCUGCUGCCAGAGCUGGGCAGGACGUGCUGGUACUGAACUGUGGGAGCCCCAUCUCAGACCUUCCCUCUCGGGCUUCCAGCUGCAGAAGCUUUCCCUCCCGUGCAAUCCUAUUUAUUUAUUUAUUAUCUCGCUGCUUGAUGUGAAGCUGCUAAAGGAGCCCCCUCCCCACAGAGAGCCAGGCCUGUGUGAGGGGCAGGACACAGGGACACCUCCCACCACAGCAGGAGUGAGCUCCUGGUGAAGGUGUCCUGCUGUGCUGGGCGGGUUGGACUGGUGGGGUCUUCAGGGUUCCUCCCAAGCAAACUCACCCCGUGGUUCUGUGAGGUCUGAAAAGGAUGUGGCACCCCUGGAAGUGCCCAAGGAUGGGUGGAUGGAGCUCUGAGCAGCCUGGGAUGGUGGAAGGUGUCCCUGCCCGUGAAAACAAAAACACUGGCAUAUUCUGGACUUGUUCCUUUCUCCAGCUCUGAAUUAAAUUCCCGUUUUUUCAGCUGACUUGUCAGUCAGAUGUUGUCGUCAAGGUUCCUUCUGAGCAAACUCACUCUGUGGUUCUGUGAGAUCUGAAAAGGAUGUGGCACCCCUGGAAGUGCCCAAGGAUGGGUGGACGGAGCUCUGAGCAGCCUGGGAUGGUGGAAGGUGACCCUGCCCAUGGCGAGGGGUGGAGCUGGCUGAGCUCUAAGGUCCUUCCAUUCCAGGAUUCUGUGGGCAGGGGGUGGGCACACGAGGGAAGAGGAAAAGCUGAGAGCAGAAGUGUCCCUGGGGGGAGGAUGAAGUGUGGAUCUUUCAGGGCAGAGAUUUUUGGGGAGGACAGAGGCUGCAGAGCUCAGCGGUGCCCCUCUAUCCCGGCUCUCUGUGCAGGGCCAUGGAGCUGCCCACCUGGGGGCUCCCGGGUGCCCUGCUGCUCUCCACAGCUUUCAGGAUGCCCUGGAAUCCCCUGGCACAGCUCCCAGCUGCCCUAGGAGAACCGGAUUUCUCCCUUCCCCCUGAAGAGCCCUGCCAAGGUUUAGGCCAAACCUGCUGAAGGGAGAUAUUUCCCAAUAAAAACCUGCUCCUCAGAAGAUCCUGGCUGGCUCCAGUCCCUUAUUCUGUACUGGAAACACGGUCCUUGGGGUUGUUUGCAGCUUAGGGAUGGGGCUGUGGCUGUUCUCUUUCUCCCCAGUCCCUGAUGUGCAAGAGCAGGAGCAGGGAGAGAAGGGAUGAACUUCAAUCCUUUGCCAGCCCAAAAGCAGGGACCUGCCUUGCAGAGCUGGCCAAAAUCCACCUGCCUGAGCCCCUCCAGGGUGUUCCAGGGGUUCCAUUCCCUGCUGGAUCUAUUUCUGAGUGCCCUGACCCCGGGGACAUCCUGCUGUCCCCUGCGAGGUGGCUCCGUGCUCCCCAGCAGGAGCUGCUGGGAGUUUUCCACCUGUGUUUUCUCCUGGCAGCUUCAUUCCACCUUCCCUCGUGCUGCUCCUCAAGCACCUGCUGCUCCCGCUCUCCUGCCACUUCACCAGGGCUCCUCUUCCCCUUCCAAGACCUCCCUGGCUCCCUGAUUGCUGCCACUGCCUGUCCUGGCACAGGAUGAGCCUGGUCAUCCAUGAGGAAUCCAAACCCACCCCUGGAGCAGCCCCUGGCAGUGCCCAGCUGCUGCUCCCUCCCUCCUUUGGGGUGCAGGGAAAGGGCAAACGGAGCCAAAAUGGAUCAGUGUUGGCACUGAGCACUCGUGUCCCAAAAUAUCAGGAAGGAAUCCUUCCCUGUGAGGGUGGUGAGGCCCUGGAAUGGAUUUCCCAGAAAAGCUGUGGCUGCCUCAUCCCUGGAAUGAUGAGGUUGGAUGGGGCUUGGAGCCACCUGGGAUAGCGGAAGGUGUCCCUGCCAUGGCAAGGUGGGAAUUAAAUGAUCUUUAAUGAGUUAAAUGAUCUUUAAUGAGUGAAAUGAUCUCUAAUGUCCCUCCCAACCUAAACCCUCUGUGAUCCCGUGGGGAGCAAUCCCUGGCAGGGAGGAAUGCACGGCCAGGGAUUGCUCAGCAAAGCCCAGCCUGAGCUCCGGCAGCAGGGAUGCUCCAGCAUCCCUGUGGAGAUGUCCUGGGAGCGUGUGGGGAAUGGGAGCUGAGCUCUGCCCUGCCUGGGAAUCCCACCAAGGGCUGGAGCUGCAGCUGGCACCCAAGCAGAGCUGCAGGGAGCUGGGGGCACACAGGGAGCUGGCCUGGGGAGGGUCACAGCUCUGCUCCUGUCAAAGAACAAAUUGUUCCGACGAAUAAAGAAUGGAAACGUGC